AUGGCUCACUCUACGCCGCUCCAGCAACACCGUGCCCUCCUGGCUGCAACCAUGCUGCCCCGGACGGUACAGACUCUCCAAGGACAGCUCGGGUACCGCUACCUUGCCGUGAUAGCCUGGGUGAUUAGCAAGAUCACCACCUUCACGAAGGAGGUCGACUUUGGCACCGAGCCUGGCUCCAUCUUGGCCUUUUCGCUGGGGUUUGGAUCCCGCAUCCCCAGAAAGCUCUGGGCUGUGUUGCCGUUAUUCCACAUUUGCUCCUACGUCCGUGGCAUUACCUUCCCGAAAUGCCUCUCUAAUAACCGGUUCAAGACUUGUGGCCUCGAUGCCUUUGGGUUCUUCUGCGGACAACUGCCCACACCAUUCCUGACUUUCCUCCACCAUGUCACCAUUUUCGUCAGGACUGGCCUCAGCCCUCUCCGGGACCGAGGCGGCUUGGGAGCGUUGAAGCAGUGCAAACGCCUGAAGUCACUCACUUUCGUGCUCGAGCCCACCCUUCCCGAGCCUUUAGAUACCGCCUGCGGGCAAUAUUUGCGAGAGAUUCUCGACGCUCUGCAGAACAUCUUCUUUGAGAGAGAACUAGUGAUAGGAGACUCCAUCGUGGCCUUGUCUAUCACUGGCUGCGUAGCGACUUUCGCGACCGAGGGACGCGUCCGGGAAGCUCUGAGCAUGCAGCCGGAGGAACGGGACCCUACUAUCUCUACCCUCAUAAUCAACUCCCUCCGCCUAAUCCUGCAAUCACAAACACGCAAUCGUUCCUUUGUAGCGGAGCGCAAGCAGGCUAUCGUCAACCGCCGCCAAUGGAUGAGUGCCAAUGGCGUCCCGUUCCCUCCACCCUGA